AUGUCCCAUUAUAAUUCUAGUAGACAUCCAUCGCAAUCUCAAGUAUCGGAUCUAUCUAAGAUUGGUACUGAAGAUACCUUUAUGGUAGACCUUGAGAGUAAAGUUGACAGCUUAAAAAAUAUUAGUACAAACAUAAACAAGGAGCUGUUGAAGUCCAAGGCACACCUAUCUUCUCUGUCGAAAACUUUUGAUUCGGCAUCUCUUUCUCUAAAGGGGACUUUAUCCAACAUGAGCAGGAUUGCCAAGGGUUAUGUGGUUAUUUUCUCUUCUUAUAAUAUAAUUUGUUGUGUGAAUAUGGCUAUUAAUUACGUUUAUGUUAAUAGUAUGUUCCCUAAAUAUAUUUGUAGGAGUAUUCCUGUUCAAAAUAAAUAUAUUUACGAUAAAUUCUGCUAUGUGACUACAUUUUAUUCAUAUGAUAAAUGUGUCUCAAGGGAACGCAUGAAGAAGCCAUUCGAUAGAGCUGAAAAACAAAAGUACGAUAAUAUUUCACACUAUGCAAAUAAGCUGGCAAGGAAUUUGGAUUUUAAUCCUGUCAAAUGGGAGAUGAUUCUGUCGAAAUCGAAAGAAGUAUACAAGGAUUUUAAGCCAAUUGAUAUAGCACUACUGUUGAACAGCCUAUCAAGAGCUAGAUUCUAUGACUCGGAAUUGUUUAACUGCCUCAUUCCACAAAUAAUUAAAAACGUUGCCUUUUUUACCUCAGUGCAUAUAUCUAUGGUUUUAUCGGCAUAUUCUAAGGGGAAAUUGUUAUCUCCGGAACUUUACGGAGUACUGAAGUCAGAAGUAAAGGGAAGAAUGUAUGAAUUUACGACAUCGGUGGAAAUGUGUAUGAUAAUAAAUGCAAUUUCCAAAUAUGGAGACUCAGAUAAGGAGUUUCUGGAUAGUAUUUGUAAGCACCUGGUUAAGAUGUACCAUAACUUCAAUUUCACAUCGCAGGAGUUAAGUGUGCUGAUUAACUCGUUCGUGACUCUGGGAUACUAUAAUGAGCAGUUGUUCAACCUAAUGUCAAAAAACGUAGUGGAUCGGCUGAACUUGUGUAAUAUAUAUGAACUGAUAAGGAUAUUAAACGGAUAUAUAAUAUUUGAAAACAACUCGAACAGAGUUCAGAGUCAUUGUAAAAAUGAGAUGAUGAAUAAGAUAAAGUACUCGGGACAGAAGGAACUGACGACGACACUCCAUAUCCUGGGAAGUAUCAACUACACGCUUGUGCAAACGAACAUAGAGAAUAGGAAUAUCGUCGACGAAAUGGUGGAAGCAGUAAAGAGGAGGUGUUUGAACAUAAUCGACGGGUUCACAAUGUCAAGCAUAUCGCACUUAUUAAUAUCGCUCUCAAAAUGGUCCCUUAAAUUGGAAUACGAGGAGCUGUUGAAGGCAGUGAAGCAGUUAGGAGAGCCCAAAAUGGAUGCAAACUUGGUGGAAAUGAAUAAUACACUAGUGGCAAUCACGAAGCUCUACUGCAGCAUAAGCAACGUCAACGACUUUAACGAGAUUAAAAACGAAGAGAACAACGAGUUAUUGGCGGAAAUAAGGGAUUUGAUGAAAAAUUGGUCAUGCGUAAUAGUGGAGCUCUUGGAAGAGGACACCCACGACCUGAACGUCCUGAUAAAGGUGCUGGAUUCCUACAGUAAAUUCAAUGUCUACGAGGAAGACCUGUUCAACAGAAUAAAGAAUAUGAUCGUGAUGAAGCACAUGAGUGAGCUGAAUCGAAACAACGGAUACACCCUCAAUGAAAUAUUCAGCAAAAAGGGUAAGUGCGAAACCAAUAAAUGCCGAAUAACAAUGAAGUAUUAG